AUGGCAGUACCCGAAUUGCCAACCGAAGUCAUCAUUCUCAUCAUCGAUUACCUCCCACGCGCUCAUAUUGUACGUCUUCUCACAGUCAAUCGUCACUGGCGCGAUGUCAUUACUGCGCGUUUGUAUCGAACGAUCUGCAUCCGUAGUAUACAAGAACAAUACGAAUACCGCAAUUUAUUUAAUGAGACGCGACGACGACGAUUACGGCAGCAACAAUCACAAUCACAGCAUCACCAACAAGACCAGCAAGAGGAAGAGGAAGAGGAUCAAUCACCUGGACAACAACAAGCAGACAAGCAGCCUAGUGCUGCCGAAGAUGGCAGCAAUAACAAGAAUACGAGUGGAUUCUAUUCGUCAGAAAACUAUGGACUCUACGUCCGCGAGCUGGAUCUGUCUAUACCCUACAGCGGCAAAGAUAUCACUGACUCAUUACUGUAUGAUCUGGCGCUCGAUUGUCCCAAUCUUGAAGUUUUGAACUUGUACAAUUGUCACCGCGUCACUACGGUUGCGGUCAAACGAUCGAUGCACGGUGUCUCCACCAACAACUACCGCAGCAACCUUCAACAGCAACAACAACAACAACAGCCUCAUCCUUAUUAUCAUUACGAGGACGACGACUACGACGAAGACAACGACAACACCAACUGA